CCAUGUUGCGGCCCUCGGUGGCCGGUGCGGGGUGAGGCCUGCGCGGGGCCCCGGCGGCGGGGCCUCGGAGGAGCCGCCUGCGUGGGUGGCACUUUGGAACCUCCCUCUCUAACGGCAUGGUGGGCGCUGCUGUGGAAGCUGCAGAGGAGCUGCUGCCCAUCUCCCAAAGCCCCCAGGAGUAGCAGUGCUGCUGACAGCUUUCACCAUGGGGGACAUGAAGACUCCAGACUUCGAUGACCUCCUGGCUGCUUUCGACAUCCCCGACCCGACCAGCCUGGACGCCAAGGAGACAAUCCCUGCGUCUGGGGAGGAGAGUGAGAGCCAGCUGAAGGGCUCGGGGCUGUGCGCGGAGGAGGGUGCGGCCCUGGCGCAGCCACUGCCGCCCGACGCGCCGGUGGUCAGUGUCAUCGUCAAGAACACUCUGCGCCAGGAGGCCUUCGAGCCUGACAAGGAGGGCAGCCACCUGGGGCCUGCUCUGCUGCACAAUGGCUUCCGCGGCCCUGAUCUGCCGCCAGAGGCUCAGGCUCUGGUGCACACCUAUGGCAAGUUUGAGUCAGCCUUCAUCAAUGGCGACAGCUCCAGGUGCUACUCGGAGAAACCAGAGCAGGCCAAAGCAGAGCCUUUGCCCACAUUCAGUCAGUUCAGCCCCAUCUCCAGCCCUGAGCCCGAGGACGCCUUCAAAGAGAACAGCAUUGCUGGCAAACCAAAGCAUGCUCAGGCUCCUUACUUCCCACCGCCUUCCAUGUACAUAGCCACAGGCGCUUCGGUGCUCGACCAGCUGAGGAAGGGCCCAGAGCCUGAGCUGAGCAUGUUUGACCACUACUGCAAGAAGGAGCAGAAGGUGGAGCUCCACCAUCAGCCCGAGGGCAGGCUGGAAACCUGCUGGGGAGGGCAAGACCGAGCGGUGGAGAGGUUUGUAGAGUCGGGCAAGGACUUGGUAGACAGCAGUGGCUUUCUUGGAGAAGGUCUGGUGUUUGGGGACCGCCACCACAGCACUGCAGGGGACAGCAAGAGCUCCACGCCUGAGCUCAGCCUGUCCCUGUCGGUGCUGCCACGCCAGCGCCUGAAGCCAACUCACUCCAAGCUGUCCUCCUGUGUGGCAGCCUUGGUGGCUCUUCAGGCCAAGAAGGCGGCCUCUGCUCCAAAAGGCGACCAGUCCAGCCCUGCCAAGGACCCCGGGCCUUUCAGAGAUGGGGCAAAGGAAAGCCCAAAAAUGCCCAAGUCACCAAAGAGCCCUAGGAGUCCCUUAGAGGUGAUGAGGAAGGGCAGCAAGCAGCCCGAGAGCCCUCGGAGCAUCUGCAGCGACAGCAGCGGGAAGGGCUCUCCCUCCAUGGCAGCUGGCUCACCACCAGCCAUUCCCAAAGUCAGGAUAAAGACCAUCAAGACAUCGUCUGGGGAAAUCAAAAGGACGGUGACCAGAAUUUUGCCAGAAAAUGAUGAGUUGGGCAAAUCAUCUGAAGAGUCCCCUGCAGAGACUUCAUCCACUGAGGAGUUCAGCAAGUCCUUCCCGUCCCCUGACACCAGCGUGGCGAUGGACAGUGAGGCUGGCAGGAGCUCAGCCAAGAGUGGGGCUGCCAUGCCCAUCCAGCUGCCCAGCGUGGUGAGCCCCUGCCCAGAUGGGCUCAGAGCAGACCUGGCUAUCAGCAGCACCUGCACCGUGGCCCUGUCCCCCCUGCCCAGCUGUGGCAGCGGCACCAUCAGAGUAGGAGUCAAGAGGCAGCAGCAGCAGGGUGCCACAUUGCAGCCCUCCAGUGCCAGCAGCUCCAACCUCCUGCCCAAAGCUGUGCACUUGGCCAACCUCAACCUGGUCCCCCACAGCGUUGCUGCUUCCGUCACAGCCAAGUCAGGGGCACCGAGGCGCGGGCAGCCCCAGGUGCCGCAGAUGUCGGUGCCACUGGUGCACCAGGUGAAGAAAGCUGCUCCCGUGGUGGUGGAAGCCUUCAACAGAGUCCUGCAUGGUGCCAGCCCAGUACCAGUCUACACCCCGAACCUCAGCCCGCCACCUGACAGCAGCAUUAGCCUGCCUGCCUCGGGGUACUGCUGCCUGGAGUGCGGGGACUCGUUUGCCUUGGAGCAGAGCCUGGCACAGCACUAUGGCCGGCGCAGCGUCCACAUCGAGGUGCUCUGCACACAGUGCUCCUCUACUCUGCUCUUCUUCAACAAGUGCAGCCUGCUGAAGCACGCUAGGGACCACAAGAGCAAAGGCCUCAUCAUGCAGUGCUCCCAGCUGCUGCUCAAACCCAUCUCCUUAGACCAAAUGUUCUCCCCUGCCCCCACCAGCUCCUCGGCCCCCCUGGCUCCUCAGACUCUGCCCUUGGCCUCUCCUCCGUGCAGGGUGGGCACUGGGGUGGGAGCUGCUGGCACUGCCCAGACGGCCCUGCCCCUGUACCCUGACCCACUGCGGCUGGUCCGCCAUGGGCUGAAGUGCUUGGAGUGUAACAAGCAGGCCCAGGAUUCUGUGGCUCUGGCAGCUCACUACCAGAGGAGCUCAGAAGACAGCGAGAGGCUGACGUGCCCCGUGUGCCAGAUGGUGCUGCCCAACCCCUGCAGUUUCUGUGCCCACCAGCGGAUCCAUGCUCACAAGUCUCCGUUCUGCUGCCCCGAGUGCGGUGCCAUCUGCCGCUCUGCCUACCUGCAGCGCCACGUCCGCCACAACUGCCUGCACUACGCGCGGCAGCCUGCGCUCAGGUGCAUCCAUUGUGGGGUUGUCUUCAUGACCCUGGCCAUGCUGAAGGUGCACAUCCAGGAGAAGCACUGUGAGGUCUUCCACAAGUGUUCUUUCUGCCCCAUGGCAUUCAAGGCAGCCGACAGCACAGUGGCACACAUGGCCAGCCAGCACCCCGCCGAGCCGCACAGGAGUACUCAGGUGAUCUACAAGUGCUCAUGUGAGACAGUCUUCAACAAGAAGAAGCUCCUCCAAGAGCACUUCCAGCAGAACACCAACAAGCUGCUGGUGGGGGUGUUCAAGUGCCCUCAGUGCCAGCUGGUCUACAUGCAGAAACAGCAGCUGAUGCAGCACAUUAAGGCUGUUCAUGGAGUCCCCCAGAACCCUGAGGAGCUCUCCAGCUUCCGACAGAGGGCUGAGAAGGCUUCAAGGAACCAUACCCCACCAAAGGAGCUGUCGGCAGCCAGCAGGAGUUCUCACUCCCCCCUGCUGAGGAAGGACUUGAGGGUGGAAGGACACAAUUCUGACCCCAAAUCCAGGCUAAGAAGAGCUGGUUGGACUUGCAAGGAGUGCUCCCAGUGGAUCCCUGAUCGGGAGACCUACGUGUCCCACAUGAAGAGAAAUCAUGGAAGGCCCAUGAAGAGGUUCCCGUGCCGGCAGUGUGAGCGCUCCUUCAACGCCUCCAACAGCCUGCGCCGACACAUCCGCAACAACCACGACACAGCCCGGAAGGUCUACACCUGCUGGUACUGCACAGAUGAAGCCCAGACAUUUCCUCAGCCCUUCAUGCUGGAGAAUCACAUCAGCCUCAUGCACGGCAUCAAGAACCCAGACCUGUCCCAGAUGGCCAAAGCAAAAGCUGCAGAGAGAGACCCAGCAGAAGCAAAAUCUCCAAAGAGGAUGGCGAGGGCCGAGCCGGGAGAGGCAGAGAGCGGCGCCGGCCUGGAGGCGCCGGCGGCCAAGAGACUGAAGGGAUGCUGGAGGUGUGCCAAGUGUGGCUUCGCCACGGCGCUGGGCGCAGAGUUCCGCCAGCACAUCCCCCAGCACCGCACCGACAGCAGCAGCGCCCAGUGCCCGCUCUGCGGCCUCUGCUACACCUCCCACAGCUCCCUCAGCAGACACCUCUUCAUCGUGCACAAAGUCAAAGAGGACGAGGAGGAAGAGGAGGAGGAGGAAGUGGGGCUGAAGUUGCAGGGGGAGAAGAGCACGAACGGACACGAUGAGCACAACGGCGAGGUGACCGCUGUGGCAGAGGGCAAGCCACAGUGCCAGGAGAGCAGGAGGGACUCAGCACUUUGCGGGCACACACAGACGUUUGGCGCAGAGGAGCCCCACAGCACCUCGCAGAACAAUCACUCAAAGGUUCUGCAGACUUAAAGCCCCUUUGGCUGGCCAGGGCCUCUUGGGGUUUUUUUGUCUUUGGGAGGUUUUUACUCAAAAUGCAGGUGGGGCUGGGGCUGAUCUUCGAAGUACUCUGGAGGUCCCUCAGGCUGGAUGUGGCUUUCCACUAUGCUCUCUUUGUAAGGGAAACUUACCCAGAACCACCAACCCAACCCUGCCAUUGCAUCUCAAGCACUAACCCUCUGCCAUAGCAGCAAGGGGGAAAGGGAAGGCAGGGCAAGGAUCCUUGCCGGAGCAUGGCCCACUCCUGAGGAUCAAGGAAUCAAGGAGCACUUUCUGCAGCUGCAGUUCCCUUACCAUGAGCUCUCUCCCUUCUCGUGUGUGCUGCCUCAGUCCCAGCCUCACCUUCCCCAUUGCCUUCUUUCUCCUAUUUAUGGCUUCUCUCUUCCUUCCCCCUGCCCUGCCUUUGUUUUACUCAUUUUAACUCCUGAUGCUCAGCAAAGCCCCCGGCAGGACAGUGCUGCCCAUGGCUGCAGGAUGGGCACAAGCUGUGAGCUGUCUCUGCAGUGGAGAAGACUGGACCUGAGCUGUGCCACCAGAACCUUUUGUAGCCCCUGUCCUGUUGGGUGAGCGCAGCUCAAAGCCAAGGUCAGGAGGGCCUGGUGCCCCUCGGAGACUCGCUGGCCAUGUGGUCGUAGAAUGGUGCAGCUGGGCCCGGUGCCCAGCAGCUCAUCGCAGCGCGGGGCUCGGGCAGAGGCGGGUGGCAGGCUGGCACCAUCCCCGUCUGUGGUGUGAGCUGGAGUGAAACAGCCAUGGUGCUCCUGCUGGCACUGCCGUGGGGCCAGGGCUAUGGGAGCAAGGAGCACAGCCCGCAGAGGCCGCGGCAGGGCGCACGGCGGUGCUGCGAACUGGCUCUGCGCGGCCGUGCCCCGCGGGGCGCAGCGCUGCCCCCGGAGCUGCCAGCCGGCUCCCCAGCGCUGCCCCCGGAGCUGCCAGCCGGCUCCCCAGCGCUGCCCCCGGAGCUGCCAGCUGGCUCCCCAGCGCCGCCCCCGGAGCUGCCAGCCGGCUCCCCAGCGCCGCCCCCGGAGCUGCCAGCUGGCUCCCCAGCGCUGCCCCCGGAGCUGCGCCCGUCGCGCUUGCCCCUCGCCGUGGAUCUUCUCUGUGCCCCUCGUUUUCUGCUGGUUCUUCGCCGUGCCGAGCCGGACCCCGCUCCUUCUCCUUCCCUGUGAGGGUUGUUUAAGAUAAUUUAAGCAGUAUUUAUCGGGGUGCGUUUGGGCCGCGCCGCUGCUGCGUCCCGGUGCGUGCGGGCAGCGCCGGCCUGGCCUCGGGCUCGGCUCUGCCUUAGGUGUAGCCCCCGUAGAGUGCCGGCGGCAGGGGCGCCCCCGGGCCCCCUCCCCCGCGGCCACCCCGCAGCGGCGUCCGUGCCUUGCUAUGAUGUUUACUUCCAAGUAUUGCCAAUAAAAGCAUCCAAGGGG